GUGUGUGUGUGUGUGUGUGUGUGUGUGUGUGUGUGUGUGUCAGAGUGGGCGGAGCCUGUGUGCGGUGGGCGGGGUCUCUGAUUGGACGAUAGAAGUUGAACUUUGUCACAUCAGUUAGCCUCUGCUGCUGCUGACAGAAAACUGAUCUCAGAGACUCUCAGCAAGCGACCGUCAGGAUGUUGUAACUCCUCAGAGUUUCCAAACAUCAAGCUCCGUUCAACGUCUUCCACCAUCAGAACCUCCACCCCCUGCCGGCCCCGCAGUGCCCCCUGCAGCCAUGGACAGCACCCCGAGAAGGUGGGUGCUGAAGCCUCUUUCCCCCCUGCUGCAUCCCUCAGACCUGCGCACCAUCGCUGGCCCCACCCAGAGCGACACCCCCGACCUGGACGAUCUGGUAUUCACCUCCGACAGCAUCUCCGUUGGUCGUAGUCAUUCCUCGGUCAUCGUCUCCUCACAGCAGGGUGACGGGUCUAGGGACGUGGUUGUUCAGGCCCGGCAGGUUGCAGUGUCGCAGGAUGGAGGGAGCACCAGUGACGAGUGGCAUCCAGACAGCCCCAGCAACCCCAGCAGUCCCACCAGCAGCUCGGGCUCUCACUGUGGUUUCUACUCCUUCGUGGACGACCCAACGAGUCCUGAAGCAGAACUGAACGAAGCCUGGAUGGUCUCACCGCAGCGACAGACUCAGCUGGCAACCCUGAAGGAGGAGAAAGGAUUCAAACUACAGACCUACACCAGCAGCAGGAAGCCAGAGAGUCUGUUCUCAGACAGCAAUGGAGACUCGCAGUACAAAGUGGAUAUGAACAACAGCACUGAAGUCGUCCAGGAAGAAGAAGAGAAGCAGCUUCGGAAGGAGAUCAUUCACAGCCAAGCACCGAAGAAAAACCCAGCAUUCAAAGAUCAGAUGAGUGCGCUGGAGAAUCUGGAUCUGAGCAGAUCUACAAACAAACUGCUAGAAGGUUUCAGUGUGAGCUACAGUCCCGUCAGCUCCAGACCAGAACCUCUCCACCCUGCUGAGCCUGGGACCAUCGACAAGGAGCAGAUCAACUUCAGCGCUGCCCGACAACAGUUCCUGAAGAUGGAGCAGGACCAGUUUACUGCACUCCUCAACCCUCUGAGGUCCUCAAAAACACAUCUGAACACGUCUCUGCAGCCAGAUCCUGAUGAGUCCUUGUCAAAGCCAGUGGAGACAUACCACAGCGUGGAGGUGAGCGAAGAUACAACACUGUUCAAACCAUCAGAAGAUGAGACCUCACCAGAGAGGAAGGUGACUGUGUGCCGGACUGAGGAGAGUCUCAGCCGGCAGAGCAGUGUGUUUGAGGACCUGGACUCCGGCCUGGAGGAUCUGUUGGUGGAGGUGGGCGGCGGCUACACCAACGACGAAGGCGUGUUCAAUGACAACACUCAGCCUGAGAACAAGAGCAGCAAGUCCACAAGCGACUAUGAAACCCCAAUUGAAAGGGAGAUCCGGUUAGUUUGGGAACGUGAGGAGAACCUACGACGCUCUCGAGGGCUGCAGAACAAGGACAGCAGAGCAGAAAUGGUCGAGAUCAAAACCAAACGUUUACAGUCACCUCUAACGCCUGUCAAAGCCAAAGAGAAGAACCGAGUGAGCUUCAUCAUUCAGCGUGAAAUCCAGAAGGAGAACCAGCGUAAGGAGGAGCCUCAGCAGCAGGGAGGGAUCCUGGGACGAUACCCAGAGCUUCCAAAGGAGCUGGAGGACAUAAAGAGGAAGUUUGACAAAGAAGACAAGGACAAGAGAACAGAAGAAAGACCUCAGUCUGAGUCUGGAGACGCCAAAGUCUUUCUGUUGCCCUGCUGUCCUCAUCGACACCCCAAAGAAACCGAGUUGUACAUCAGCCAAAUGAGUUCAGCUCCUUCUUCAUUCUCUGUGAGGGACUCGGAGGUCCAGGACACAAGAGGUUUCCACCAAGAUCAAAUGACUUCCCACUCCUCCUCCUCUCCCUCCUCUCCACCACCUCAGCGUGACACUACCUUGACCACGCCUCGGUCCUGGAGGGAAAACCUGGAGUCCACCGGCCUGCAGUCCAGAGGACAAGGAGCUCCAGAUUUCAUCGAGAAGGAGAUUGAGGAGGCCUUGAGACGGGAGCAGGAGCUGAGAGAGCUGAGGGAGCUGAGGGAGUCCAGGGAGGAAACUGAUCGACAGCUCUUCUCUCCAGCUCCUCUGGUGGAACAGGCAACCAGGAUGGCCGUCAGUCAGUUCUACCCACCUGUAACCACAGAUAAACCCGUCAGUGUGCCCUCUCCGUCUCCCCGUCCCGCCACCCGUCUGCCCUCCAUCUCCUUCACCACCGCUCAGCCCUGGACCUCCUCAUCUCUUCCCCCCUCCUCCUCCUCUCAUCGCAUCUUCUCCUCCUCCCUCCCCUUCGGUUCCUCCUCGUCCACCGCGGUGGUGCGGCCGGCCCCCCCUCCUCUCAGAGGUCUGACAGAGACUCUGCUGCAGAACUUUGAGGAGAGACGAGUCCAGCUGAAGCUGGAGGAGAGUUCAUACGCAGGAAUCCAACCGGUGGACGACGUGAAUAACGAGGUCGUUGAGUCGACUCGAGUUAUUCGACAUAAAAACCAGCGUGCUCUCCGCUGGGAGGCCGGAGUGUUUGCCAACCAGGAGGACCAGUGAGACCAGCCAGACCAGAUCCAGGACCGGGGAGGGGGGAGAACAUGGCGUCUCCUCUGGUUCUUUUUGUUAGUUCAGACGGAGCGUCUCUUCACUAACAGGAUUUUUCUCUGAUUUUCUUCGUCAGCUGAGAUCAAAAUGGUUUUAAACUGGAACACUCCAAAUAAAAGGCUGCCCCUGAUUGGUCCUAAAGAUGAAAGCCCUUCUCGUCAUCCAAUCAGCUGUCAGCUGCUGAGUAGAGCUGCAAACAGAGACUAUGUGCCUGAUUCAUAUAGAAAAGAAAUGAAAGCUUCAGAAAUAAAUAUUUAAAGUGAGUGAAGAAGAGUGAUGAAGGUUUCUGUUUUCAUUGAAUCACCUGACGCAGCACAACAGGACGUUUCUGAUUGUUUUCAUGAUUUUAAACCGAUGCAUCUAAAAAUAACUUGAGAAAUAAAAUCAUUUUUCAAACUGUCA